AUAGAGAGAGAGAGGGAGAGCGUUACCCCCACCACGGGGGGUGAAAACUACCCUGAGAGCGCGUGGGGUGUCCGGCCUCGGCGCCGAGGCGAACCGAGCGCGUCCGAAGCGAGCGGCAGUGCCCGACACACACCAGGUCCCGUACGGCACACGACUAGAGGCGCGCACAGUCCGGCACAGUCCACUCGGCGAUACGACUCAUGCUGGACCGUCGUCGCUCUGGUCCACGCCGGCAUCAGGCAUCCAGCACCCGCGCCGCCGUCGCCACCAGGCCGCCGCACCAGACAGCCGCACCAGCCCGCCGAGGCCACACGUCGACGAGGACGCGGUGCCGCCGACGCACGUCGACGUCGACGUCGCGUCAUCGGGAUCGCGCGUGGUCCAGGGACCGCGGGUGCACGCCGACUGCUGUUGCCGGCAAUUCAAAAUAGAAAAGAAACAUAUAAGGAAGCGCUUCAAAGAGAAGACAGAGAGAGAGAGAGAGAGAGAGAAAGAGAGAGAGAGUGAGGCUUCAAAGGAUCCGAGGAUACCGCUGGACGACGACACCGUCUGGGAACUUUGGUUCAUCGAACUCGCGCGAAACUCUACGGGACAUUAGCGCGGCGAGCGACGCUUUUGAACGUUUGUUUAUAUUUUUCCUGUUUCCCUUUUUCUUAAUCUAUAUCCACUCUGUGGCUGCCGUGACGGCAGCCGAGGCUCAGAAGGUGACAGGACAGCCGCAAAGUGAACGAGAUCGGUCAACGACAGGGGAUUCCGGCAAUUACGGAUAUUUCGGUGAAUUCGUCAUUGUGUUUGGGGGGGAAAAAGGGAAUCGACUGUGACUGUGAACUCCGUUGACCGCGACGACGAAGCCACCGCGACGACCGAGGAGAGUGCCCGCCGCGACAGGUCGUGCCGCCGCGUGUCGGCGCAACGUCGGCAGGUGCCUACACACAGGGGAACUACUGUCAAUCGCGAAGGUGCCGCCGUUCCCGCCGGACGAGCACGUAAAACGUCAUCAUCCCGCACCUGUGCGCACCUCUCCCGAUCGUUCCGGUCAGUUAGUCACACGGUCAGUCCGCAUUCGACACCACUCGGUUCGCAGUUGUCGUCGCGCUGUCACAUAUAUGUCGCGCGCGGUAAACGCGGCGCGGCCGCGGAGAAAUGCGGCCGACGAGGGCUAUGAGGACCGACACUAGUUGACGAAGAAGUGUCCAGGUUGCGGUGACGUGAUCGGAUAAUCGGGAAGACAGCGCGAAUCGCGAUAGGAGAGAACUGGACACGCGGCGUGUCCCUAAAGGAAAAAGAGAGAGAGAGAGAGACAGUGAGGACAGUGUUUCGAUAUUCCGGGAAAAAUCGGAUGGACCCUCUCGUCGCGGAGGGCGAAAACACGCGGCGGAGGUGAGAGGGAGGAGGGCGGAAGCGUGACGAGACGGCCGAGAUCGGGAUCGGGUCCUUUGUCCUGUUGUUCUGCCACCGACGUGCGCUUGUCGCUUCCUCCUUCCUCAUCUCGUCCCCGCGGAUGUGAUCCAGGAGACCGGUAGAAGAUAACGAUUGACCCUUGGAUCCCAGCAGCAGCGGCAGCAUCAGCAACAACAACAACAACAACAACGGCAACAGCAACACUUUUCCGUCCUGGACGCACGAAGCUAAGGCCGUUCUUCAAGAAACAGUGUUAACGCGACGAGAAUCGAAAAUCGCGAACGCCACCAUGAGGAUCAAAAUGCCCGCGGUCAGGAUCGCGCAAGCGGAAACCUCGCAAAGUACCACGUCCCCAGACACCGUCCAAUGUGGGGGCUGCAGGGCGUCUUACCCCCUCGGAGAGAUCGUCCGGUUCAUCGAACACAAGGUCAACCACUGUCGAAGUACCCUCCAGGGCUGCCACAGUCCACCGGCGACGGCCGCACCGGAGGACUCCGACCCAGAGGACGCCCUCACCAUGAAGACCGCCGACCCGGACUCGAAGCUAAAUUCGGUACCCAGCAUCUCCGCGCCUAUCAACAAGAGGAGUGGCCGACUGGAGAGUCCCCCGACGCCUCAGGGGCCGGGGCCGGAUACCGGAAGUCCGAUCGACCUCAAGGCGAGCGCCAGCUCGACGCCAAAAAGACGAACGGAGGCACCGGAUGAGGAUAAGGAGGAUCUUCCGAAAAAGCAGAAGACCGAGUCCGUUGACGCCGACACGAACACAGUCAAUUCCGAGCCAAGGUGGCUGCAGUGCUCUCAAUGUUCUCGGCGGCUGUGCUCGGCGUGGGAGCUCCUUCAGCAUGUACAGAGCAUGCACGGCGCCCGCCUCUACUGCUCCUCCUCCUCGUCGACGAAUUCGUCGUCAAACACUCCAGCGCCUAGUCCACCGACGCCUACGCCGACGCACGCGCACCAUCUAAGUCCGCCGAAUCAUCUGAACCUAAGCGGCAAGUCCACCGGAAGCUCCUCGGCGGCGAACUCUUCCGGCGGUACGAAUACCAGUGGCAGUAGCGGUGGCCGACAGCAGCUUCAGACCUCGUCCCUAGUGGGCGAUCCCCUCCACAGUUUCUUGAGGUUACCUCAACACUUGGAGCGAAGUUUCCCGCCCAUGUUCAGGCCGGAUUUUCUCACCCUGAAUCCAUUGGCGGGGUACAGAGGUCUUCAGGAGUUGCAGACAGCCACGCGGAAUCUGCAAAAUCUGGGCGAUCCACUUCGCGGUAUGGACGGUUUAAAUCUGGGGGAUCCACUGGUGCGUAGCUCAUUGGACUCCCUGAACAACGCUCGGAAUCUGGCGAACCUGGCCGAAUUGUCGCACGGCCGUGGCCUCGCUGGCCAAGCACACCCACCACCACUCGAGACGAACCUGGAUUUUUACUCAGCGCGCCUAAGGAGCCUCGCUAAUCCGCCCUUAGGCGCAGCUCCACCUAACCCUAGCGGAAAUCCCGCAACAAAUCCCCCUCCUCCACCGGUACAACCGGUACCGUCAGUUCCUGUUGUCAGCGGUGUUCAGCAACAGCAGCAACAGCAGCAGCAGCAACAACAGCAACAACAGCAGUCGCAACAGCAACAAUCGCAAUCCCAUGCACAGUCAGUGGAACCACCUAGUCCGGCUUCAGCCAACCCCACGAAUUUAACUCAUAGCAGUCAUCAAAAAGAAAAUUCGCCGCCCUGUUAUAGUCAAAGCCCAGUCGGCCAUCACAACAACAAUAACUCGACCGAUAGCGAGAAGACCAGCCCACCGGUAGCUUCUACGCCAAUCAUCACUGAUACUUCGUCUGAGACGGUAUACACGUGCGAAGUGUGUGACAAGAAGUUUCGUUUCCAAUCAAACUUGAUCGUUCACCGUCGCAGUCAUCGGGAUAAGGAAAGGCAGUACCAACAACAAGAAAGCACGCAAGAUGGUCAGAGUACGCCAACGAGAUGUGAAGUGUGUGAGAUCGAAGUAGCGAGCUUCGCCGAGCUAAGAAAGCACAUGAGAAAGGAGCAUCAGGACCACUUGAAUUCGGCUGCCAGUCCGCAAGGCAGCGUCGAAACGGUGCCGGACGACGGGUCCAGCUGCGACGAGAAUAUGGAUCUAGACGAGAUGGAGGAGAACGAGCAAAAGACCGAGCGGGAGGACGCGGAGGAAAACACGCCGGAGGAUCUAAGCACCACUCAGGGGCAGAGCGGCGAGGAGAGCGGAGGUCGGAUAGAGAAACCAGCCAGCCUGGUGGGCGAUCUCAUGGAGAAGUUUGGCCUGAGCAACAUCGCUCAAUAUUCAGAGGCUUACCGACAAGCGUUGCAAGAAAAUCAUCGCAGUGGUUUCCUCAAAACCGACUCGCCAUGCAACCUCGCUAACUCACUCAACAAUAACAAGGAGAAAGAAAGUGCUCUCUCACCUACAAAUUUUAAUUCUUCGACGACGCCGAAUAUUUUCUCUGGUCAGGGGUUUCCUAGAUCUGCAGGACCCGAUUUCGGGGGACUUUGGCUACCUAGUCCACACUAUUUGGAGAACAAUGAAUUUCGCAAGGUAACAAAGGCCACGACGUCCAGUUUGGCGCUUCAAGGCUUGCCGAGUCCGUUGCUGAAGAAGGAGCGAAGCGGCCGAAACGACACUUGCGAAUAUUGCGGCAAGGUUUUCAAAAACUGCUCGAAUCUGACGGUGCAUAGGCGGUCGCACACCGGUGAGAAGCCGUACAAAUGUGAACUGUGUUCGUACGCGUGUGCUCAAAGCUCGAAGCUAACUAGGCACAUGAAGACCCAUGGUCGACAUGGCAAGGACACGUACAAAUGCCGCUUUUGCGAAAUGCCCUUUUCGGUGCCGAGCACGUUGGAGAAGCACAUGAGGAAAUGCGUAGUAGUGGUGCAGCAAGGCCCCAAGUUGGAUAUACCAUACCCAGUGAUCAAGGAUGAGGACUCUUCAUUAAGUAGUAAGGAUACUUGAUCCUGGAACGGAAGCCUACCGCCGAUCCCGCCGCUGUGGCCGCAUAGGCCACCUUAUCCAGUAUACUGAAGAUGAAAAAUCUUUCUCUUCAGAGACCUCGAGAGAGGAAGAGAGAUACCUGAUGAACAACCUUGUCGCAUAAAGCCGAUUUGGAAACGGCGCGAUUAUCGAAGGAUCUCUAGCGGAAUAAUUUCUGGGGUCACCUCUCGAGAUUAAGAGAGGUGGUAGGUUGCGUGAUCUCGAGAAUCUCCGACCGAACGGCCUGGAAACGGCCGGUCGAGUCUGUAAGUUACAAUAAAAAAUUAUCAAGAGCUGGAAGAUCUAACGAAGCUGGAGUUUCGACUAGUUCGAGAAAGAGAGGAUUCUUACAAUCGUGAGGAUUGGACACAAUACAAGGAAGUUGUCCAGGUGAUACGAAAACAAAACGACAGAAUAAUGAAAGAAGGUACUCGACAAGAAACCCUACUCCACGUUUUAAUUCAUUAUAGAAAACGAACGAAUGGUUACCAGUUUGCAAGUCUCAGCACACACAGUUAUUUAAAUUACAUAUAUCUUUAUAAAUAUAUAGUUCAUAAAUAACAGGAAAAGACACUAUAAAUAUAAAACUGCAUAUAUAUAUACAUACA